UUGACACGCCUUCACCGCCGAGCCCUGAUUCACGUCCACUCGUGCUCGCUGGAGCUUUGGACUCGUGCAGCAGCAGAUCAUUGGUACCAGCGCGAGAUGUCUCCUUUACAUGCGUCCAUAUAGCGGCUAAUUCGGUUUUAUAUACCUGGAAUUGCGAAGCACGGCGACUUCGCACCAUCCGGGAGCUUCAUCUGGUCCGAUUGAAGUCAAUCCAGCCUGUUUGGUGUAUUACACGGAUCAGUUCGGCGUCUGUAUUCAUGAUAUUUCGGGCAUUAUAUUGUUGAAUAUAACACAUAAUCAUGGCGAGUGACUCUCCUGCGAGGAGUCUGGAUGAGAUCGACCUGUCUGCUCUGCGGGACCCUGCGGGCAUAUUUGAGCUGGUGGAGCUUGUGGGAAAUGGGACCUAUGGACAAGUAUAUAAGGGACGCCAUGUUAAAACGGGCCAGCUCGCUGCAAUCAAGGUCAUGGAUGUCACAGGGGAUGAGGAGGAGGAGAUCAAAGCUGAGAUCAACAUGCUGAAAAAAUACUCCCACCAUCGAAACAUCGCCACCUACUAUGGUGCCUUCAUCAAGAAGAACCCACCCGGCAUGGAUGACCAGCUCUGGUUGGUGAUGGAGUUUUGUGGCGCUGGUUCAGUGACGGACCUGAUAAAGAACACCAAAGGGAACUCUCUAAAGGAGGAGUGGACAGCUUACAUCUGCAGAGAGAUCCUCAGGGGUCUGACCCACUUGCAUCAACAUAAAGUCAUCCAUCGUGAUAUCAAAGGUCAAAACGUUUUGCUCACAGAAAAUGCAGAAGUCAAACUUGUUGAUUUUGGUGUGAGUGCACAGUUGGACCGCACCGUCGGUAGGAGGAACACUUUUAUUGGCACACCAUAUUGGAUGGCUCCAGAGGUCAUAGCCUGUGAUGAGAACCCAGACGCCACAUAUGACUUCAAGAGUGAUCUGUGGUCGCUGGGAAUUACGGCUAUUGAGAUGGCAGAAGGAGCCCCUCCGCUGUGUGAUAUGCAUCCAAUGCGAGCGCUUUUCCUCAUACCCAGAAACCCAGCACCCCGACUCAAGUCCAAGAAGUGGUCUAAAAAGUUCCAGUCAUUCAUUGAAAGCUGUUUAGUGAAGAAUCACAAUCAGAGACCAAGCACUGAACAGCUCAUCAAACAUCCCUUCAUCAAAGACCUCCCCAAUGAGAGACAGGUCCGAAUUCAGCUCAAAGACCACAUUGACCGGACCAAAAAGAAGAGAGGAGAGAGGGAUGAGACUGAAUACGAGUACAGUGGAAGUGAAGAGGAGGAGGAAGAGCGAGACAUAGGAGAACCGAGCUCCAUCAUAAACAUCCCUGGUGAGUCGACCCUGAGGCGGGACUUCCUGCGUCUGCAGUUGGCCAAUAAGGAGCGCUCCGAAGCCCUGAGAAGACAACAGCUAGAACAGCAGCAGAACGAGGAACACAAGCGCCAACUACUGGCCGAGAGACAGAAACGCAUUGAGGAACAAAAGGAGCAAAGGAGGAGACUAGAGGAGCAACAGCGACGGGAGAGAGAGCUCCGAAAACAGCAGGAGAGAGAGCAGAGGAGGCGCUAUGAAGAGAUGGAGCAGCUCCGCAGAGAGGAGGAGAGGAGGCAUGCUGAGAGGGAGCAGGAAUAUAUCCGUCGGCAGUUAGAAGAAGAGCAAAGGCAGCUGGAGAUUCUUCAACAGCAGCUUCUCCAAGAACAAGCUCUUCUGCUGGAAUAUAAACGGAAGCAGCUGGAGGAGCAGCGUCAGGCUGAACGGUUGCAGCGGCAGCUGCAGCAGGAGAGGGCCUACCUGGUCUCGCUGCAGCAACAGCAACAAGAGCCACGGCCUGCUGACAAAAAACAACUGUACCACUACAAAGACUCUGUCAACCCUAGUGACAAACCGGCCUGGGCCAAAGAGGUACAAAUGCAUCUGGUGAUGGAGAGAACUAAGAGUAACUCCCCUCGAAUCCCUCCCAAGAAGCACCAUUCGUUUAACAGUCCUGGAGAAAAACGUGUCGGCCACCUCCUCCCUCUUGACCAGAACCCCUCUAAUCAGCCCACAAGGCCCCCCUCCUACCCAGCAGCCUCCCACUCGAGAGAGAUGGAGCUGGUCGAGCCUCAGCUCAGGAUAGUCAGUGGGCCGAACGUUCCUAGAAUCCGUGUGUCUUGUGAGCCAGAUCCAUCCCAGCUGCUCAGGAUGGUCCAGCCGCAGCAUGAGCAAGAGUCCCGGGCCCGCAGUUCAGGUCCCUCCAGCAAAGGGGCUGAUAUUGAGAGAGACUUACAUGUCUCAAAGGUUGAGGAACGUUCCAAGCAGAACCGCCAGAGCUCUCCGGCUCUCCAGCACAAAGUGGCCAAUCGUAUUUCUGAUCCCUCCCUGCCUCCCCGCUCAGAGUCCUUCAGCAGUGGAGGCAUACAGCAGGCCCGGACGCCUCCCAUGCAUCGCCCGGUAGAGCCUCAGAUGGCGCACCUAGUUUCGGUGAAGUCCCAUGGCUCCUCCAUGACAGGAUCCCAGUCGCUGCAUGAUCAGUCCUCUCAGGGCGUCUCAGCCUUCCAAGAGGGUCUGUCACCUCACCGACCUCCAAUGCCUCGCCAGAACUCUGACCCUACGUCAGAAACCCCGGCCCCACCACCUCGCAUCACCAGCCGAGAUGAAAAGUUUGACCGCAGCUCUUGGCUGAGACAGGAAGAUGAUGUCCCUCCAAAGGUGCCCCAAAGGACCACUUCCAUAUCCCCUGCGCUGGUGAGAAAAAAUUCUCCAGGGAAUGGGCCAGGUGGACUGGGACCAAGAACCGGAGCACAUGUGAUUCGAGCCAGUAACCCAGACCUGCGGAUUUCCAUGGAGUCGGCUCUCCAGAGAACCAGCAGUGGGAGUUCUUCCAGUUCUAGCACGCCCAGCUCUCAGGGCGGCUCCAGUGAGAGGAACCGGGUGGGAGGCUCCAGUAAACCUGAGGGAUCCCCAGCAGUGUCCCAAGAAUCCAAGGCCAAAAACCAGGAGGAGAACAGGGAGGUGACCAGACCCAGCCGACCAGCGAGUUAUAAGAAAGCCGUAGAUGAGGACCUCACUGCUCUGGCCAAAGAACUCCGAGAGCUGCGACCCAAUGACGACACCAACCGGCCUCCCAUUAAAGUGACGGAUUAUUCCUCAUCCAGUGAGGAAUCAGAAAGUAGUGAGGAGGAGGAUGGAGAAGGCGGGGCUCAUGAUGGAACGGUGCCUGUUAGUGAUAUUCCACGCAUUAUGCCUUCUGCUGGCCAGGGUGGCACUGAUUCAAUGGGCAACCAGGAGGAUUCUCAUGCCAAUGAUUCAUUUGGCAAAAAUUCACAAGACGGCACCCUAAUGAUGCGAGAGACGUUUGGGGAAAGAAAGCUCGGUCAUGCCGAGAGCAAUGGUUUCCCCGGUAACUCCAAUCUGCCCGAUCUAGUGCAGGAAAGCCACUCGCCUGGCGAGGGCCCUGGGCGGCAUUCUAGUGGGCUGGACCUGGACUCUGUGGCUGAAUUUGGGAGUGGAUCUAAAGCCUCCUUCACUCCUUUUGUGGACCCACGAGUGUAUCAGACCUCCCCCACAGAGGAUGAGGACAACCCUGCUUCAGCUCAUUUUGCAGACGAGCGCUUGCGACAGGAGCAGGAACAGGAACAGGAACAAGCUCGACUGAAUGAGGCUCGGAAAAUUUCUGUUGUUAAUGUCAAUCCCACCAAUAUUCGGCCACACAGCGACACACCGGAAAUCCGCAAGUACAAGAAGCGCUUCAACUCUGAGAUCCUGUGUGCUGCACUGUGGGGAGUGAACCUGCUGGUAGGAACAGAAAAUGGACUCAUGUUACUAGAUCGCAGUGGUCAGGGCAAAGUCUACAAUCUGAUCAACCGCAGGCGCUUUCAACAGAUGGACGUUCUGGAGGGUCUCAAUGUCCUGGUCACCAUAUCAGGCAAAAAGAAUAAACUGAGGGUCUAUUAUCUGUCAUGGCUCAGAAACAGGAUACUUCACAAUGACCCUGAGGUAGAAAAAAAACAAGGAUGGAUUACUGUUGGUGAACUAGAGGGUUGUGUCCAUUAUAAAGUCGUCAAAUAUGAGAGGAUUAAGUUCUUGGUGAUUGCAUUGAAGAAUGCAGUGGAGAUUUAUGCCUGGGCUCCCAAACCAUACCACAAAUUCAUGGCUUUCAAGUCUUUCACAGAUCUUCAGCACAAGCCUCUGCUUGUGGACCUGACGGUGGAGGAGGGUCAGAGGUUAAAGGUUAUCUAUGGCUCCAGCGUUGGUUUUCACGUGAUAGAUGUCGACUCUGGGAAUCCAUACGAUAUCUACAUUCCAUCCCACAUUCAGGGCAGUGUUACCCCUCACGCCAUUGUGGUGCUUCCCAAGACCGACGGCAUGGAGAUGCUUCUGUGUUAUGAAGAUGAGGGAGUCUAUGUGAACACAUACGGCAGAAUCACUAAAGACGUGGUGCUCCAGUGGGGAGAGAUGCCCACCUCUGUUGCCUACAUCCACUCCAACCAGAUCAUGGGCUGGGGAGAGAAAGCCAUUGAGAUCCGCUCCGUGGAAACGGGACACCUCGACGGAGUUUUCAUGCACAAGCGAGCACAGCGACUGAAGUUCCUUUCGGAGAGAAACGAUAAAGUGUUCUUUGCCUCGGUCAGAUCAGGAGGCAGCAGCCAAGUUUUCUUUAUGACCUUGAACAGAAACUCCAUGAUGAAUUGGUAAUUCAUUCCCGCCCUCCCCUGCAUUGUAUCUGUGGACCUUUUCAACUUUAUUGAAAAGUGUGAAUAAAGGAAAGACAGGAAAAUCCAGGUGCUCUGGAUAAUCUGGCAGAUGGCAAAAAGACCAAACCUUGCUGGGUCCUUCUCAGAAGAGUCAGACAAACCCAAAAUCCACACGCCCCCACAAACAGCAAGGGGUGCCGGAGGAGAACCACCGGUCUGCGUUGUUUCUUAUGGCUCUUUCAUUAACAUAUGUGGGGUUCUGAUGUUUUUGUCCUUACAAAUAUGUAUCUAGAUUCUUCUGGAGGUGAAGACUGGAAAUAUGGGAAAUAAGACCCACAGAGUAGAGUGAAUAUUUGUACUGUUAAGACACUUUUUGACACAAUAAUUUAUCACGGUUGCGCUGAACGUCGGUGAACCUCCCUUGCGGGAUGAAUCCAUUGAGCCUGAUUUGUGUGAUCCCCUUUUUCUUUUUUAUGUUUCAGCUUGGAAUGCACACAGAUGUUUGUGUCAUGUGAAAAUCACUCUAAUGUGUGAAUUGAAACUGAUAUUUAAGACCUGUAUCAUACUUUAAACAUUAUGUUGGAGCAGACACACUUCGGGCUGGCCACAGAAUGCCUUAAAAAUGAAUUUGCAAAGCUGCUCGUUUUUAUUUUUUAAGUCCAUAAUGAUGUUUAUGCAUUUUUCUGUAAGGAAAGGGAACAUGCUCAUUUUUUGGAUGGAAAUUGAUGCCUGCUGAUAUGGACAUAUAAUGGGAAUAUAAGUGAUCCUGAAUAUUCAUACUGUGCAUUCCUUGUUUUAGCCAAAGCUCUAUAGUAUUCACAUCACAUUUGGAGCCUGUGAUUUGCACUGUUUUCCUUGUUCUCAGGGAGAUUGUGCUGUAAACCAGAACUUUUUUUCAGUUUAUUUCUAUUGUCUCUGCAACUUAUUUAUGCAUAUUGUGGGUUAAAGGGAUAGUUAAUCUUAAAAUUCAAAUUCUGUUCUCAUUUAUUCGCCUUCAUGUCAUUUCAAAAGGACUGACUCUCUUCAGUCACACAUACACAAAAAAGAGACAUUUAACAGAAUGUCCAAGCUGCUCUCUUCCAUAUAAUUAAGAUGACCCCAAAAAAAAAAAAGCAUAAUAAAAGUAGUCCAUACAACUUAUGCACUGUAUUUCUAGUCUCUGAAGCCAUAUGUUUUCUGUGAGGAAGAGGUUCAAAUGUAAGUCAUCAUUUACUAAUGAAUCAUGAAAAUCUUACUCGACAUCCCUGGUCACCAUUCACUUACAUUGUAUGGAAAAAUAACAGCCUGGACAUUGAGACAUUGAGUUUUGAAAGACAAUAGGGUGAGUAAAUGACAAAAUUUUCAUUUCUGGGUGAACUUCCUUUUUUACUAGCCCUAUGAAUAGAAAUUUUCACAUGGAUUGAAUAUGAUCAGUUCUAAGAAAGUCUGAAUACUUCAGCUGAUUGGUAAAUACUACAGAGCUUUGUAUUGAAACAUAAAAAAGUACAUUAAGAUUCUGCUAUUCUGUUAGAGUAUGAAAGUUGCUGUGUAAGAGUGUGUAUAUGUGAAUGAGUGAUGAAAUGUAACGCUUUCCACCAACAGUACAAAAAAACGGUAGAUAUAUUUCCAUUAACAAACCAGCAAUUGUUUUCAUAUCAGGAGUAACACACCUCCACAUGUCAUUAGGAUAAGAAUGUGCUGCAGUUUUGUAUUUUUAAGUUUGUUUUAUCAUGACUUUCAGCAAAGUGCAAUAAAGGCCAAGGGAAUCGAGCCUGGUGAGUCAAUUGCUCACCUCUCCUCAAGAUGGAUAUAUAAUCUCCAGCUGUUUCUAGGGGGACUUUCACUACCGCCCUCUGUAAAUAUCCACUUUCUUUCUGGAAAAGAGUCCUGCCUCUGAAACGAAUGCAUAGGAACUGUGAGGGUGUGACAGAAAUGUGCGAUGCUGUAUGUGGUUCUGAUCCAUCUCCUCUUCUGUGUGAAUCACAUGAAUCAGUGAACGAAGGGUAGUGUUUUAUAGAGCUUCCUUUUAGGCUACCUCGUUUCUGUUCACCUGUUGGACCGGUUCAGUUUUCUAUGUCGGUAAUGACUAUUGAUGCCAUAAGUGACGCAAUAUCGUAGUUUGAAGAGGCAAGUAUUUAUUCUCCAGGGGGAAUUAUGUCUUUUUGAAAUGCAACCAGUAGAUCAGUGAAUUUUCACGUUUAUUAAAUUAUAAUUGGCGAUUAAGUAUGUUGUAAAUUGACUAAUGUUAAAGAAGGUUAUGUUGUCAUUACAUGUAGAUUCAGAGGUGAUUUAAGUGUAGAGCGCCAGACAGAAAUUUUCAGAAAUGGAAGCUUUUUUUAACAAAAAAAUAAUAAUAAUUCAUGGUGCAAUGUCUUGUGCAACAGCCAAAUCAAGCCUACACUUCAUAUUAGGGUGAUUCUUCAAUUAGAGGAGUUUUUCAGUACCCUAGGGUGGCAUUAAGGGGGAUUAAUUGCUGUUAUUUUGUCUCUAUUUUAUCCUAAUAAUAAAUUCAGUUUAUUUUGAUUAUUUGUACAGUUUUAUUAUUUUUUUAUAGCAGUCUUUUUCCCCAAUACCAGUCAUUACCGCCACACCAAGCACCAUCAGAUUAUUAGGUGUCAUUACCGGAAUUUUGAUUCACAAAAUUGUUUUCACAAAACAUUUUUUUUAAGAACUGACACAUUAUUUCUACUUGAAAGUUUAAAAAAAAAAUGUCAUAAAUAUUGUAUGAAACCAUUUGAAGAACAUUUUGUCGUGAUUUCAUGUACUCAAAAAUGCCUCUAAUUGCAGAAUCGCCCAUUAAUAGACUUGAAGUCCUUCCAAACGACAUGGCAUUUUAUUCAAAUAGGUGGAAUCAUCGAGUCCUUUAUGUACUUUUAUAUAUUUUAAUUACUGUUCUGUAAGGGCAAUAGAGUGUGAAAUUCACUUGACACAACUAGGAUCUUUUGAGACUUCAUGUUUUUUAUCCAUCAAACUGUGAACUGAGUGGAUGUGUGUGCAGGUUUGAAGUACUUAUGGGGUCUUCCCAUCCAUAUUAUCAACACAGAUGUAAACUGUGAGGUCGGUUGACUUCUUCAUCCUCUCUCACGCACCACCUUCAGUGUGGUUGCUUUGUGUGGAAAGUCUUUUGAUGUGUGCUUGACCUCAUUUUCUUUCUUAAUAUGGACAUUAAUACUGUAAGUACAUCCUUUAUAUUCGGGCUGAGCGAGUUGUUGUUUGAUUUCUGUAUUUCUCUUAAUUUUUUGCGUGUAUUAAACUGAGAUUUAUAGCACAACCGAGCAUUCUGGAUAUUGGCUGUUAUUUUAUUAUGGUUGCUCCAGUGUAUGGAUGUGUGAUUGAGUGUGUGUGUGUGUGUUUGAUUUAAACAUGCCGUUUUUAUGUUUUUAAGCUUGUAAAACCACCUAUUAGAUGCGUAGUACAAGCAUACUGACACUAAAAUGAGAAAUGGUGAGAUUUCAAGAUUACAAGCCUUCUGAUAUAGACAUUUGAAGCUGAAACUGGGCAUAUGUGAUGUUUUGUUCACAAAAAAAUGCAGGCUGUAAUAUUUUAUAAAUAGAUUUUUAAGGCUAUUAAACUAGAGAUUUGUUCCAAAUGUAACUUUAAAUGUAGCCCGGACUUUUAAGAGAUGGUGAUCUCAUCAAAUUUGUGCCUAGUCCAUGUAGUGGGUGUUAUAUUUUAUUGCUUACAAUUUAUGGUGUAAAUCAAACUAAAUCACCAAAAUCUCCUUUGUGUAAUUCAACCCACAAAAGAGCUAAACUGAAUAUUUUAUGGUCAUAAAACUUUUAACAAUCCAGUUUUGCUUGAUAUUCUGAUCCCUUUUAUUUAUUGUUUUGUACAGUGCUUAAAUCUUGUAUUUAGAAAGCAGCAGUAGUAUUGCUGUUUUUUAUUAUGAGGGAUUUUCUUUAGCUGUAUUCUGAAUUAGUUUGUCUAAGAACUAUGACAUAGUGUCAGAGAUGCUUUAAUAUGAGUGCUUUAUUUUACAACAAUUUUUACUUUUACUUUUUUUAUAAGUUGUUGGUUUUUUAUUUUUUAUUUUAAUGCAGUAUUGUUCAGUGCCCUUUCUGUAUUAAAUAAAUUCACCCCUGAUAACUGCAAAUAUGUUUGAAUAUUAGAGGGUUGUUUGUGGAUCUGUUCUAGUCUUGUUAAUCAAUACUCAGUGUGUUUAUGUUUAAGAGGAAACCCUGAAGACUGCAUAUCAAAGCAGGUUGGUUGAUCGGUCUAGAAAAGCUGUUAGCAAUAAUGAGCAUUACUGAUUUUGUCAGUCUUCAUGUUAGACUCUUUUCUACUUUGACGGAAACUCAAGUUUUUGGUCUUAUUCAGAUGGAGUCAAGUGUUUCUGAAUGAGGAGAAUGUGAAAUGGAUAAAUGGAAAUAUUUCAGAUUUUGGAAACUCACCCAAUGUGUUCACUUGUCACCCAAAACAGACAUUUUCUUUGCCUUUUUUUUUUUUUUUUUUUAAAUAAAUUGACACAUCAAACCAGA